GGGGAGACUGACAUCAGCAGCAUGUCACGUGCAGUCAUUCUGUCACGUAUAAAGCUGCUAUUUCGUUUGUAUGUUUCGUCGUAUGACAAAUGUAUACAGGACAGAGAGGUCCUCGGAUCUCUCUCUAUCUUGUAGCCAAUCAACAGGCUUGAAAAAUUUGUUGUACGACAAAAACGCACAAAUGAAAUAUCACCUAAAGAAAGCAUAGCCUUCAAUUGUGAUAUUUAGUUUUUACUGAACUAAAUUAUUUAACUUGAGAUCUAUAUUUUUUAAUAUAGAUCUUUAAAUAUCCCAAUCAUAUACCAUGUUCAUGUCAAUGCAAAUUAUUGCAGAAGCAAGCACAGCGGUAAUGCAAUCAAAUCACACUGAUACUUGCAACACAACCUAACUUUUUUUGCUAAUAAAACUCAGCAAGAUGUUUGCAAAAAGGAAAGUAGAUCCGGAGUUGGAAAAAUUGAGAAACGAAGUGGAUGGACCACCAAAUUUAGAUAUGACUAUUGUGAAUAUUCAGAGAGAAUCAUCGCGCAUUCACGCUGCAUAUUUGUUUGAGCAUAUUGGUAAAGCUACAUUACAAAAACUAUGUUUGUUGCUGAGUUCUACAGCAACAGGGAAAAUCUACGAUGGAUGGCAGGAGUUCGCAGCACAUAUGGGCUUAACAAUGGAACAGAUACGUUGCAUAGAUUAUGAUUUCAAAGGACUCCAGGAUCCAACAUAUUACGUGCUUUUGGCUUAUGUGCAGUUUCCAGAGGCAACAAUAGACAAAAUUCUGAGUGCUUUGCAAAAAAUGCAACGACUCGAUGUAAUAAAUCAGAUUAAGGAUUAUGUGCAUGAUCUAGUCAGUGCUACAUCACAACAUGUCAUAAGCCACGAUUUAGGACCUAAAAUAAUUCAACCUGGACAUAUACCAAAAGCACCAUUAGUUCUGAGUCCAAUUUCAACAGUGGAAUGUAAAACUAAAAUGAAAGAAAAUGAAUCAAUGUAUAUGCCACAAGAUAGUCAGCAGAAACAGCAUAAACAAACGUAUGGCUGCAUAGUUAUGUUGACGUUUGCUAAUGACGGUUUGCCAACUGCUGAGUGCAUCACGAAGAUAUUCAGGUCUAAACAACCACGAAUUGGUGUACUUAUAUUACAAGAGCAAGAGAAAAAAGUCUAUAGUCGAGCUGAAGAAUUCAUAGAUGACUGUUUCAAGCAGGUUGAUUAUGUUAUACCAAUACUGACAAAAGAGUACAUCGAAAAAAUCAAUAACCCUAUAAAAAUGUGUGAACAGCUGCAUAACAACUUGGAUACAAAAUACUUGAAAUACAUAUAUUCUUUAUUGAGAUACGAAUACGUAAGGAAUCAAUGUUGCAACAACCGUGUGAGAUGUAUUGUGCCUGAUAAAGAUGUUUAUAUGAUUGUGCGAGAAAAUCUACAUCCCACAUUGCAAGCAUGGUUUCGUGAAAGUGAUAUCGAUGAUUUCGUGAACAAUAUUCUCUUUCAUAAAAUUUGAUAUGAAAAAACCAUUAUAAACUUACAAAAAAAUAAAAAUUUUAUG